AUGUCGACGCUGCGACGGCGAAUAUUUGGCAAUUCUGGCCGCAAUGACGAAUCCUCCGACUCGUCGCGCGACGCCAGCCCAGCCCCAGCACCGCAAGAAGCAGGCGGCGAUGCAUACCGUGUGAUUCCCAAGGAGAAGCUCGAGAAGCUGCGCGCCGGCGUCAAACAAAAGGGCAGCAAGAGACGGAAUGCCUGGAUCUUUGGGCUGGGAGGUCUGUUUGGCCUCUUCCUGGCUGGUUUCUUCGCCAGCAGCAACGGCAGUCUGGACAAGCUGGUCACCAUGGCCGGGCUGGAGGACAUGAACCUCGACUCGAUAUUGGACGUCUUGCCGGCGGGCUUGAUUCGGGAGGUUAGGGACCUUCAGUCUCGUGAGAAACAAGCCGUCGACUACGAUUCCUUUGCCGUCGGUCUCCACGCCCGUGCCGAGGGCAUAUCAGCCAAGUACCCCGUGAUCAUGAUUCCUGGUGUCAUCUCGACUGGGCUAGAGAGCUGGGGUACUGAAGAUGAAUCGAGACAAUACUUCAGAAAGAGGCUGUGGGGUUCAUGGAGCAUGAUGCGCGCACUUGUCCUGGAUAAAGCGAGCUGGAAGAGGCAUGUCAUGCUGGAUAAGAAGACGGGCUUGGAUCCCCCCGGAAUCAAGCUGCGAAGUGCUCAAGGCUUCGAUGCUGCGGACUUUUUCAUCACCGGUUACUGGAUAUGGAAUAAGAUCCUGGAGAAUUUGGCUACCGUGGGGUACGAUCCGACGAACGCUUUUACGGCAGCUUACGACUGGAGACUGAGCUAUAUGAAUUACGAGAAGCGCGACCAGUACUUCACGCGGCUAAAGAAUCACAUCGAGGUCGCCAAGCAUGUCAGCGGCGAGAAAGUCGUGAUGCUAUCUCACUCCAUGGGCUCGCAAGUUCUGUAUUAUUUCAUGCAUUGGGUUGAGGCCGAAGGUCACGGCAACGGAGGCCCAUCCUGGGUCGACGACCACAUCGAAGCGUGGAUAAACAUAUCUGGAUGUAUGCUGGGUGCCUUGAAAGAUCUUCCAGCUGUCCUCAGCGGAGAAAUGCGAGACACUGCUCAGUUGAACUCAUUUGCGGUAUAUGGGCUGGAAAAGUUCCUCUCCCGAGCUGAGCGUGCAGAAAUCUUUCGAGCCAUGCCUGGCAUCAGCAGCAUGCUUCCGAUCGGUGGCAACGCUGUAUGGGGAGAUGAAAAUGGCGCACCUGACGACCAGGCAAACCAGUCCGUGACGUAUGGCAAGUUCAUCAACUUCAGGGAGAUCAACAACACCAACACGCCCGGCAACCUCACCGUGUCAGAGUCAAUACCUUUCCUAUACAAGAACACCGAGGACUGGUACGUCGAUGCGACACAGCAGGCAUAUAGCCACGGCGUUGCACAUACUCGCAAGGUCGUCGAGGACAAUCAAUUUAUUCCAGCCAAAUGGAUGAAUCCCUUGGAGACUCGUCUCCCUUUGGCCCCGAAUUUGAAGAUCUUCUGCUUCUACGGCGUGGGAAAGCCUACUGAGAGGGCCUACUUCUACCGAGAAGAUAAGGACAUCAGUAAUCAGACAACACUCGUGAUCGACACCACAGUUACCACUCCCGAUGGCACCGUCGAUCGAGGCGUCGUAAUGGGCGAAGGCGACGGCACAGUAAACCUCAUGUCCACAGGGUACAUGUGCAAUAAAGGCUGGAAAAUCAAACGCUACAACCCCGCCAACGUCUCCAUCACCGCAUACGAGAUGCCUCACGAGCCCGACCGCUUCAAUCCUCGUGGCGGUCCCAACACUGCCGAUCACGUCGAUAUCCUGGGGCGAGUAUCCUUGAACGACCUCAUUUUGAGAGUCGCAGGUGGCAAGGGCCAUCUCAUCCCGGAGACGAUCGUGUCCAAUAUCAAACAGUAUGCCGAGAAGGUGAAGAUCUAUGAAGAGGACGGCGACGACAGCGAAGGCGCAGAGCCCACGUAUCACCACGCCGACGGUUCGACAGAGCACUAG